GGGAGAGAAGCAACGCUCUGACAAGUUUUUCGCGCAGCCGAAUCCUCCCCACGACCACGAUCACAUAAUUCGUGUGAACUUUUACUCGGUGUAUCGCGAUGCGUCGGUUUUCCCUCGCGAACUUUCGUUUUUCGUCGCCAUUUUGAAAGUCGAGCCUCACCGAUUGACCACCCUCCAAGUGACGCGCUGGGAAUGUAGUUUUGGGAUGAAAACAGAGCGCGCCACGCGAAAAACAUGACGAGUCUCUCGAAGCAGACUGCGACCGACGAAUCCUCAGCUCGUGACCUUUCUAUGCGACUCGACUUUUGUACGGUGCUUCCAUCUCCUCUAUUCGACCCACACGAGGGAUCGUAUUUCGCUCGUAUUCAAAUAAUCCUCAUAAAAUAAUUAUCAUAAUACAUACGCUCGUUAUGCUGUUAACGGUGUAAUGAAGGGAAGUCGAUAUUUAUCGUGCUCGUAUACCAAAAUCACAUUUACCUUCCUCAAGGAGGUCGCGGGCGACAAACGUUACUUAAUGCAGUUUAAACCUUGAGACCCGGCGAAAGCGGUUGACUCAUGUAUUUCAAUUACCGUAUAUAUUAAACUGCCAUUCGAAAGGAGCCGUAGUUGCCUGUUCGCAUAGAUACACACUAUCACAACCUCGCGAAUGUAUAUUUCUAUAUCAAUACUAUGUACAGGGUGUCUCAACACACUUUCAGUUUUCAUUCCAUCACAACGAAGAUGGAAUUUCACAUGAAAUCUUCGGGACCUUCGCGGAAGGCUGACUCGAGAAUUGGCGCUGAAACGAUCUUCGAGACGACAACGCCACUCGGGAGCACCGUCGACAAUUAUGGGGCGUUUCAAUCGAAAGACCCGAUUUUGUCCAUCAGCAAGGACAAUCGCAACAACAAAUCUCAUGGCGAUCCGGGUCAUGGCUCGAACGUUCAUCAUCCCACAUCGUAUUUGGAAACUAUGAUGCACUUGUUCAAGGGCAACGUUGGCUCGGGCAUCUUUGCUCUGGGUGAUGCCUUCAAAAAUGCUGGUUUAUUGCUUGCCCCACCGCUGACUGUCAUACUCGGCGUUAUUUGCGUUCACGCGCAGCACAUUCUCAUAAACUGUAACGAGGAAAUUUGUCGACGAUUGGGAACGACGAAAGACGCACGGCCAGGAUUCGCAGGAACGGUUGAAAUGUGCUUCGAGACGGGGCCACUUUCGCUUCGUAAAUAUUCGGUUAUGAUGAGAAAAUUGGUUAACAUAUUUUUAUGUGCUACACAAUUGGGAUUUUGCUGCGUCUAUUUCGUCUUUAUUUCUACCAAUAUGAAGCAGGUUCUCGACGGUUAUGGUUUCAAGAUGAACGUCCAUCUCCAUAUGAUCGUCGUACUGAUCCCGAUAUUGUUGAGUACGUGGAUACGAAACCUCAAAUAUCUCGUGCCAGUGUCGUCGAUUGCGAAUUUCCUCGUGGUCGCUGGUUACGUAUUAUCGAUAUAUUUGAUGAGCCAAGAUUUGCCAUCUGUCAAAGAGCGGAACUACGUUGCGGACUGGCGCGCCAUACCGCUUUUUUUUGGCACGGUUAUCUAUUCGUUUGAGGGCAUUACUUUGGUGCUGCCACUAAAAAAUGAAAUGAAAACCCCGGAGAAAUUCAGCAAACCUCUGGGAGUACUUAAUGUUGGCAUGGUCAUUGUAGGCUCGAUGUUCGUAUUAAUGGGCUUUCUAUCAUACUUAAAAUACGGUGAUAGCGUAGAGGGUUCUGUCACACUCAACCUUGACUCCUCGGCAGUUGUCCCGUCCUGGUUACCCCAGUGCAUUCAAAUUGCUAUUUCUCUGAGCAUAUUGUUGACUUAUGCGUUACAAUUUUACGUGCCGAUUGCGAUCACGUGGCCGUCGUUGGUCAACACUUUUGGACCGUUUCGUUGGCCCGCCGUUGCCGAGAUUUGCUACCGUUCGGCCGUAUGCUUGCUCACCUUUAUCCUGGCUGAGGCAAUACCGCAACUCGGUUUGUUCAUAUCGCUCGUUGGUGCCGUAAGCAGUACAGCGUUGGCACUAAUCUUUCCACCGAUAAUGGAGAUGGUAAUCUGUUCGCAACAGUCCACCAUGAGCCUCAACACAAUGAUCAAAGAUUUGUGUAUACUUUUGAUCGGAGUGCUGGGUUGUGUCACAGGAACGUAUCAGAGUGUCGCAUCGAUCGUCGAGGCGUUCAGCGUGCAAUGAGAUCCCCCCGAUCGUCUCUAUAGCGACAGUAGACUUUAGAGAGACGAAGGAUUCGUAUACGUGUGGAAUUUGAAAAAUAAUUAUCCACAGGGCUUGAGAAAUGUCAAUCAAAUAUCAGUUCUGAUCUUUCAAUCACGAUCGAGCCCCACCAACCGGACGAACCAAGAGCUCUCCUUUCGACUAGAGCAAUUAGAAUAGCUUGCCAUUCAUGUAACAGGCAAGUUGUUGUUGUUGUUAUUAUUAUUAAUAUUAAUAUUAUGAUAAUUAUUAUGAUUAGUAUUAUAAUUAUUGCUCAUAAAGAAUUAUAGAAAGACGAUUGGACGAAAUAACUGUAAAUAGAGUGAUGAAUCAAAUAUCGCGGCGUGAUAUUAUCGUAAAUAAGUGUAAAAGUAAAGAAAAAAGAAAAAGAAUAAGAAAUUCAUUACAUGGUAGCAAGAUAUAAAUAUAUGCGUAUGAAGGAUCGUUAAAAGUUGCAUGUACGCCAACAGUUGAGAAAAAAAUCUCGGGAGAGAUUUUUGCCACGCUUCGUGUACAUUAUUGUAAGAAAAAAACGGAUGACAAGAAAGAAAAUAAUGCACACGUUAAGUAUCUAACACAACGAGUAUCGAGAAAAUUGGCAAAGUUGAUCAUGAACGAAAAAAAAAGCAGCAAAAGACAGUGGACCAAUAGGGGGUUUUCUCGAUCGAGUGCUCAGCUCCGCUAGUGCCAACUACCUCAAAGUCGUCUUCCAGCCAAUCCUGAUCCCGAUUUUGGAAAUUGGCCGAAUGGAUUUGUCGGGAGAUGAAAAUGAUAUAAAGUCUCGCGAUAUAAACCUGCUAUAAAAUUAUAAUUUUAGACAUGUAAGCUUGUACGAGAGGAAAGAAAAAAGAAAGAUUAAAAAAAAAAAGAAUAUAAAUGUUUGUCUAUCGUA